GGAUAGGCAAAUAGUUGAAGGCUUUGCUUAGUUAAACUCCCAACCAAAAGAAAAUUGCAUUUCCAUUUCCAUUUCAUUUCAUUGGCCGUUUAUUUUGAAUGUGUUGUUAGAUCCGUCGGCGUCCCAUGUCGUCGUCGCAGAACCUUGGUGGCGCCACCAGAUGCGGCCGGGUCGUUGGGCCAACACUGGACAAAAUCAUCAAAAACGCCGCCUGGCGCAAGCAUACAUUCCUGGUUUCCGCCUGUAAAUCUGUCCUCGACAAGCUCGAAUCACUCUCCGAUUCUCCCGAUCCUUCAUCGCCUCUCUUUGGUCUCUCCACCUCCGAUUCGGAUGCUGUCCUUGAGACUCUCCUUCUCUCCCUUGAUACCGCAUACACCAAGGUUGUUGAGCCUGCUCUCGAUUGCUCUUUCAAUCUCUUCUCCCUCUCCCUCCUCCGAGGCGAGGUAUGCUCCUCGUCUCCCGACUCUCUUCUCUACAAGCUCAUCCACGCGAUCUGCAAGGUUUACAGCCUUGGCGAGGAGUCAGUUGAGCUAGCAGUCCUCCGCGUCCUCCUCGCUGCUGUCAGAUCUCCUCUCAUCAUGAUUCGAGGCGAUUGUUUGCUCCAUCUUGUGAGGACUUGCUACAACGUGUAUCUCGGCGGAUUCAAUGGGACCAACCAGAUCUGCGCCAAAUCUGUACUAGCUCAGAUUAUGAUCAUCGUCUUCACCAGAUCCGAGGCGAAUUCUAUGGAUGUAUCAUCAUUCAAAACGGUUAACGUCAACGACUUGCUUGCCAUCACAGAUAAAAAUGUCAACGAAGGGAACUCUGUUCAUAUUUGCCAGGGAUUCAUUAACGACGUAGUUACGGCCGGAGAAGCUGCUCCUCCCCCGGAUUUCAGAUUAGUCAUAGAACCAGGCGAGAAUCCUGAGGAUGGGGGCACAAGCAAGAUCAGGGAAGACGGAUUCCUUUUGUUCAAAAAUCUAUGUAAGUUGUCCAUGAAGUUCUCGUCACAAGAGAACACCGACGAUCAGAUUCUUGUGAGGGGCAAGACUUUGUCUCUGGAGUUGCUCAAAGUUAUAGUUGAUAACGGUGGCCCAAUUUGGCGCUCUGACGAAAGGCAAGUUUUAUCUUUGAUUCUACAAAGUCUGUGUUAUAUGAGCAUCCUAGAGCUAACCCCUAAAAUAUGCAGGUUUCUAAAUGCCAUUAAGCAGUAUCUUUGCUUGUCGCUGUUAAAGAAUAGCGCACUCUCCGUAAUGUCUAUUUUUCAACUUCAAUGUGCUAUCUUCACCAGCUUACUACGGAAAUAUAGAUCGGGCAUGAAAUCAGAAGUAGGCAUAUUCUUCCCCAUGCUUGUCCUCCGAGUCCUUGAAAAUGUUCUUCAGCCAAGUUUCUUGCAAAAAAUGACUGUGCUCAGCCUACUUGACAACAUUUGCCAAGACCCGUACCUAAUCAUUGACAUAUUUGUCAACUUUGACUGUGAUGUGGAGUCACCAAACAUCUUCGAAAGGAUAGUCAACGGUCUUCUGAAAACUGCUCUUGGGCCUCCUCCUGGUUCCUCGACCACUUUGACCGCUGUCCAGGACAUUACGUUUAGGCACGAAUCAGUGAAGUGCUUGGUUAGCAUUAUUAAGGCAAUGGGAACAUGGAUGGACCAACAAUUUAGCGUGGGAGAAUCACUUUUGCCCAAGAGCGUAGAAAAUGAAGCACUUGGAGACAAUUAUUCCAACCCAAAUGAAGAAGACGGGACAACUGCAGAUCAUGACUUUCACCCAGAUUUGAGUUCAGAGUCAUCAGAGGCUGCAACUCUUGAACAGAGGAGGGCGUACAAAAUUGAACUCCAGAAAGGCGUCGCUCUAUUCAACAGAAAGCCUUCAAAGGGCAUUGAGUUUCUUAUAAGCUCUAAAAAGGUUGGCAGCUCCCCAGAUGAGGUGGUGUCGUUCCUGAGGGAUACCACAAGCUUGAAUCCAACCAUGAUUGGAGAUUAUUUAGGUGAAAGAGAGGAGUUUCCAAUGAAAGUUAUGCAUGCCUAUGUGGACUCGUUUGAUUUCAAGGAGAUGAAUUUUGGUGAGGCAAUUAGGUUUUUCUUAAGGGGGUUCAGGCUUCCUGGAGAAGCACAGAAAAUUGACCGCAUAAUGGAAAAGUUUGCUGAACGAUUUUGCAAAUGCAAUCCAAAUUCAUUCAGCAGUGCGGACACAGCAUAUGUUCUUGCAUACUCUGUGAUAAUGCUUAACACUGAUGCCCAUAAUAUUAUGGUUAAAGAAAAGAUGACCAAGGCUGAUUUUAUCAAAAAUAACCGAGGCAUUGAUGAUGGCAAAGAUCUUCCAGAAGAGUACCUUGGUGCGCUUUAUGACCAAGUUGUCAAAAAUGAAAUAAAGAUGAGUUCUGAUUCUUCUGCUCCAGAAAGCAGGCAGUCCAACGGCCUGAAUAAACUACUGGGUCUAGACGGUAUACUCAACCUGGUUUACUGGACACAAACAGAAGAAAAAGCGGUUGGGGCUAAUGGUCUUCUUAUAAAGCAUAUUCAAGAAAAGUUCAGGUCGAAGUCUGGAAAAUCAGAAUCAGCUUACCAUGUCGUCACAGAUGUCGCAAUAUUGCGUUUUAUGGUUGAUGUUUCCUGGGGACCAAUGCUUGCCGCAUUCAGUGUUACACUUGAUCAGAAUGAUGACAGGCUUGCUGCAGUUGAAUGCUUACGAGGCUUUCGGUAUGCCGUUCAUGUUACAGCAGUUAUGGGUAUGCAAACGCAAAGAGAUGCAUUUGUCACUUCCAUGGCCAAGUUCACAAAUCUCCAUUGCGCAGGAGAUAUGAAGCAAAAGAAUGUAGAUGCUGUUAAAGCUAUCAUAUCAAUUGCCAUUGAAGAUGGUAACCACUUGCAAGAUGCUUGGGAGCAUAUUUUGACUUGUCUUUCCAGAAUUGAGCAUUUGCAAUUAUUGGGUGAGGGAGCUCCAAGCGAUGCAUCUUAUUUUGCAUCAUCCGAGACGGAGGAGAAGAAAGCCUUGGGUUUUCCUAAUUUGAAGAAAAAAGGAGCCCUCCAGAAUCCGGUAAUGAUGGCAGUUGUUCGAGGGGGUUCAUACGACAGCAGUGCGAUUGGACCAAAUGUGUCGGCCCUUGUGAGGCAGGAUCAAAUCAAUAACUUCAUUGCAAACUUGAAUUUGCUUGACCAGAUCGGGAGUUUUCAGUUGAGUAAUGUGUAUGCUCAUAGCCAGCGGUUGAAGACUGAAGCCAUAGUAGCAUUUGUCAAAGCUCUGUGCAAAGUCUCUAUGUCAGAACUGCAGUCUCCUACAGAUCCUCGAGUAUUUAGCCUCACAAAAUUAGUUGAGAUCGCCCACUACAACAUGAACCGCAUCAGGCUAGUCUGGUCACGCAUAUGGAGCAUCCUGUCAGAUUUUUUUGUAUCUGUAGGCUUAUCAGAGAAUCUUUCUGUUGCAAUAUUCGUUAUGGACUCACUACGACAGCUUUCUAUGAAGUUCUUGGAACGCGAGGAGCUAGCUAAUUACAACUUCCAGAAUGAAUUUCUUCGACCGUUUGUCAUUGUUAUGCAGAAAAGCAGUUCUGCUGAAAUUAGAGAACUAAUAGUUAGGUGCAUUUCUCAAAUGGUACUCAGCCGUGUCAGUAAUGUGAAAUCAGGGUGGAAAAGUGUUUUCAAGGUUUUCACAACUGCAGCAGCUGAUGAAAGAAAGAACAUUGUGGUGUUGGCCUUCGAGACAAUGGAAAAAAUCGUCCGAGAGUAUUUUUCAUAUAUCACAGAGACGGAGGCAACAACUUUUACUGAUUGUGUUAGAUGUCUUAUAACUUUCACUAACAGCAAGUUUACCAACGAUGUUAGCCUGAAUGCUAUUGCGUUUCUACGAUUUUGUGCACUAAAACUUGCAGACGGAGGCCUUGUGUGGAAUGAGAAGAGUAGGUCUAGCAGUCCCAGUACUCCAGUAACAGAUGACUGCGCACCAAAUAUCCAAAAUUUUAUGGAAGUAGAUGAGAACAUAUCAUAUUGGGUUCCUUUGCUCACAGGAUUGUCUAAGCUAACUUCUGAUUCCAGAUUAGCAAUUCGUAAAAGCUCCUUGGAAGUGCUCUUUAAUAUUUUAAAGGAUCAUGGCCAUCUCUUUUCACAAACGUUCUGGAUCGGCGUUUUCAGUUCUGUUAUUUAUCCUAUAUUUAACAGUUUGUGGGGAGAGAAAGAUCUACUUUCUAAAGAUAAAGAUGAACACAGUUCAUUGCCAUCCACAUAUGGUCCACAUUCUAAUGGGGUUUCUUGGGAUUCUGAGACUUCAGCUAUGGCGGCACAGUCUCUGGUGGACCUAUUUGUCAGUUUUUUUACUGUGAUUAGGUCUCAACUUUCUAGUGUGGUAUCACUACUUGCUGGUCUUAUAAGAAGUCCAGCUCAGGGUCCUACAGUAGCUGGAAUCGGGGCGUUGCUGCGGUUGGCAGACGAAUUGGGUGGGAGGUUCUCAGAAGACGAGUGGAUGGAGAUAUUUUUGGCUGUGAAAGAAGCUGCUUCAUUGACAUUGUCUAGUUUCAUGAAGAUACUGAGAAUCAUAGAUGACGUUCAAGAUGAGGAAACAUUGUCUGAUCAGGACUUUAGUAAUGAAGAUAAUGUGGACGAGGAUAGCCUGCAAACUAUGUCGUAUGUUGUUUCAAGAACAAAGAGUCACAUAACCGUCCAGUUACAAGUUAUUCAGGUAGUGACCGAUCUCUACCGAGUCCAUCAGCAGUCACUGUUGGCAUCUCAUGUCGCAGUUAUACUGGAGAUACUCUCAUCAAUCACAUCACACGCCCACCAGCUAAAUUCUGAUCUGAUACUGCAGAAGAAAGUAAGGAGGGCAUGCUCUAUCCUGGAACUCUCUGAACCUCCCAUGCUUCAUUUCGAAAACGACACCCACCAGAACUACCUGGAGGUUCUUCAGGACAUACUAACAGACAAUCCAGGAGUGUCCGUGGAGCUAAGUAUAGAGUCUCAACUGAUUACAGUGUGUGUAAAAAUUCUGAAGAUGUACCUGAAAUGCACAGUGUUUGAGGGUGCAGAGUUGGAAGAAACCAAGCAGCCCAAAAACUGGAUUCUUCCCAUGGGAGCGGCAGCGAAGGAAGAAGCAGCAGCGAGGUCUCCGCUAGUGGUUGCGGUGCUGAAGGCACUUAGGGGUCUGAAAGGAGAUUCAUUCAAGAGGUAUGCACCAACUUUUUUCCAGUUGUUGGUGGAGCUUGUGCGGAGUGAGCACAUCAACUCGCAAGUACCACAAGUGUUAAGCACCGUGUUCCAUACGUGUAUGGGUCCAAUGAUGGGUGAAUAGAAUAGGAUGGUUUAGUUAUACUUUUUGACACUGGAGCACCUGAAGGAAAGUUUGCGAGCAGAACAGAAAACUGUGAUUUCUUUUGUUUUUGUUUUUCUAGUUUUUGUAUUAUUGACAGAAGAUCCUAGGUUUUGAGUGGUAAUUGAUUAUUGUUAUAGAAGCUAAGAAUGGUAGGAUGAGAUUCCGCGAUCAUUAGAAUUACUACUCUGCACUGCCUAUAUUCUCUCUUCCAGUCAUGAUUGUAAUUUGUAAAUGCAGAACUCCCUAAGCAUAAUAAAUAAUAACUUGCGAGGAAGUUGUCAUCGAUGAA